CAUCACUCGUUGCCGUUCGUUCGUGAUCGCGAAUCGGCGCCACCACAGCUCUUGCGGCUCAGUCAGUCAGUCAGUUCAGUGCUCGUUCAGCUUCCUGUCGGAUGAAAUGAUCAUUCUCGUGAAAUUGCAUUAAUCCCACCACAGUGAUUUAAUUUCUCAUUGCAUUUUGGCCCGCGCCCUCCUCGACAAUCAUUUUCCGGUAGUGUCCGUCCUUGUUGGGUAUCUGUGCGUUUUGAAGUGAAGUGCUGAACGUAGGAAUUAAUCGACAGUCUUCUGAGAUUCGAUUUCCGUUGAACCCCUUCUAAUUACCUCAUCGAAUCUGUACGUUAUCGGAAACAGCCAACAGCCGCAGUAAUAAUGGGCGACAGAAAGAAGCCAGUCUACAUCCAGUAUUUGUUUGGAGGUCUUUCCGGAAUUGGAGCGACAUGCGUGGUGCAGCCGCUAGAUCUGGUCAAAACCCGCAUGCAGAUCUCCGGCAUCGGAGGCGCGGUCAAAGAGUACAACAACACAUUCGAUGCCAUCGGCAAGAUCAUCAAGCGGGAGGGUCCGCUGGCGCUGUACAAAGGCCUGAGCGCCGCAAUCAUGCGUCAAGCGACCUACACCACCACGCGGCUGGGCGUCUAUACGUCACUGAAUGACGCAUACAAGCAAAAAAUGAACAAAGCACCCAACCUGUUGGAAUCGAUGGCUAUGGGCAUGACGGCCGGUGCCGUUGGAUCCUUCGUCGGUAACCCAUGCGAGCUUAUUCUGAUCCGAAUGACCGCCGAUGGACGAUUACCGGUGGCGGAACGUAGAAAUUACACGAACUUCUUCAACGCUUUCCUUCGCAUCGCCAGAGAAGAAGGAAUGUUUGCCUUGUGGCGUGGAUGCAUUCCCACCAUGGGCCGCGCUAUGGUCGUUAAUGCGGCACAGCUGGCCUCCUACUCACAGGCCAAGAGCUACCUCGUCAACAGCGGAUACUUUACGGAAGGCAUCGGUCUGCACUUCACCGCUAGCAUGUUCUCGGGACUGAUCACGACGGCUGCCUCCCUGCCAGUAGACAUUGCCAAAACGAGAAUUCAAAACAUGAAGGUUGCAGCCGGCGAGAUCCCACCAUACAAGAACACAAUCGAUGUGAUAGUGAAAGUUGUGCGGCACGAGGGAGUCUUCGCCCUGUGGAAGGGCUUCACCGCCUAUUAUGCUCGUCUGGGUCCACACACCGUCCUGACAUUCAUUCUCCUGGAGCAGCUUAAUGGGCUCUACAAUCAGCACUUCAUGGGUGGCAAAGGAUCGAAAUCCGGACUGUGAGCGAAAGGAGAUACGGGAACCAAUGCGCAAUGUUCCAUCAUCACCCACACAAGACAAGAAGACACAAAACAUGGGGAGGAACUUCACACACACACACAAGAAGCCGAACGAGAACACACAAAACAGUUGCAACUGUCUAACUAGCAUUACACAUUCAACAGCCCAUUUGUUCUUUACUUUGCAUUCAUUACUAUUGCGUUUAGCUCUGAGCGUCUUUACAUUUUUUAUGUUCUUAUUAGAAAAAUCUUCUCUUAGAUUGUUAUUUCUUUAUUAAAUUUUAUGUUGUAACUAAA